CAAUCAUCCACACAAAGUUGCUUGCAAACCUUUCAACACAAGCUUCAAACAAUUCUCCCACCCUACCAAAUCCAACCUUCAAUAUGCGUUUCGCACCAGUCUUCAUGGCCGGCCUUGCCGCAGCCUCUGCCAUUGCUGGCAAGCGUGACACCGCUGCCGCCAGCAGUGAACAAGAGAAAGCUUCCACUCUGAAUGUCUUCAGCACCGCGACUUACUGCGGAGGAUACAGCUACGCUGGAUGUAGCAACGCUUGCUAUGAUCUCGGUUACCUAUUCUACGCCUGCUAUUCGACCUACUGCUACUGCUACGACUAAGCACCUCACCCCAUCUCGCCGUCCUGAACUGCAGUUUCAACCGGCGAUUCCAGCAAGCGGUGCCUUGAAUUCGGCUUGCUGAAGGGAGCGACGAAGGAGAGUUGGGUCUUGUCUUGGGUAUUCACUGGUUCCCUCUGUUGGGAAGCUCAUCCGUGUUAUUUCAACAAUGGCGCGGUGGGUAUUUGGUGAUGCUGUGAGGUUGAUUUCUGGGGUCUCUUUGGAUAGUUUGCUUAGGAAAUAAAACCACC